ACCUGCUGCCGGGACUUGAAACUCCAGCUUUAUCUCACCACCGCGCAGGAUGAGACGUGGAGACGAGGAACACCACUCGGACAUCACGUUACCGUUUGUGCCGUGAUAUUUGAUUUUGAUUUGACCAUGGAGGAGAAGUUCAACAGACUCAUCUUCGUCCCCAUCGCGGCGGUGCUGUUCUUAAUGAUCGGCUACCAGUACGUGUGCCCGGCGGACAGCAACACCUGCUACUUCUCAGGUGAAGAGAAAGCAGGGCUCUCCCAGCGGUACUCAGCGGGGUUUGAGUUACUUUACACGGAGCCUGAGGUGGAUGAGGACCUUCCCUCCAAAAUCACAUCCAAAUUUAACUUCACGGAGCGGGACCUGGACAGACACGCAGAGUUCAACAUCCGAGGAGAUGAUGUGAUGGUGUUCCUCCACAUCCAGAAGACAGGCGGGACAACGUUUGGGCGCCACCUGGUUAAAAACAUCCAGCUGGAGCAGCCCUGCGAUUGCAUGCCCGGCCAGAGGAAAUGCACCUGUCACCGGCCCGGUAAAGCUGAGUCGUGGCUCUUCUCUCGGUUCUCCACCGGCUGGAGUUGCGGCUUGCACGCGGACUGGACCGAGCUCUCGAGCUGUGUACCUGGGGUGAUGAACAAGAGAGACAAGAAGAGUGCGCCAAAGAGCAAAAGGAAUUUCUACUACAUCACCAUGCUACGCGACCCCGUGUCACGCUACCUCAGUGAGUGGAAGCACGUGCAGCGUGGCGCCACUUGGAAAACCGCCCUCCACAUGUGCGACGGUCGCCCGCCCACUCAGGACGAGCUGCCCGCCUGCUACAGCGGUGAAGACUGGACGGGCGUGUCCCUGGCAAACUUCAUGAACUGCCCCUCUAACCUCGCCAACAACCGGCAGGUGCGCAUGCUGGCAGACCUCAGCCUCGUGGGUUGCUACAACAUGUCCUCCAUGAGCGAGCUGGAGCGAGGCCACGUGCUGCUCGCCAGCGCCAAGGCCAACCUACGCAACAUGGCUUUCUACGGCCUGACGGAGUUCCAACGCAAGACGCAGUACCUGUUCGAGCGGACAUUCGGCCUGCGCUUCAUCCGGGCCUUCACGCAGAUCAACAGCACGCGCGCCGCCAGCGUUGGCAUCAGCGAGAAGGUGCGGUGGCGCAUCGAGGGGUUGAACGCCCUCGACGUGGAGCUGUACGAGUACGCCAAGGAGCUGUUCCUGCGGCGCUACCAGUACAACCGACAAAGGCAACACCAGGAGGAGCGGCUGAGGAGGCGGCAAGAGAGGCAGCAGAGGCAGAGGAUGCACAGGACCUAUCUGGCUGAGCUGUGGAGACUAGGAGGAGGAGGAGGAGGAGAGGACGAGGAAGAGGAUGAGGAGGAAGAGGUGAAAGUGUUAGAGGUUGUAGCCACCACAGAGGACUACAGCAGCCAGGUGGUGCGGUGGUGAGGAGAAACACAGGAACUAAGAACUCCAAUGCACUGACUGACUGCUGUUUGAUUCAUUGUGCUUUACCCUCCUCCAUCCGUCUCCCUCUGUCUCGCCUCCGCUGUGAAUCUGCCAAAACCUCCUGCCCCCAUCGCCUCAUCGCGCUUCGUUGGACUGCCGAAUGAUGUCUUAAUAUUUAUGAUGGAUGUAAUUGUCAUGGCAACCUAAACAUUUUGUAUUUAUGUUGUUUUUUCUUUUCUUCUUAAGGCUAAUUUUGGCACUGCAGUUGUGAAACGCAUUAAUUUAUUCAUUAGUAAAUUCUUUGAAUGUUCUCAAAGCAGUGGAAAUGUUUCUUAAAUUUCGCAAAAAAAAAAAAGAGUAGACCUAAAAAAAAAAAAAUCUUCACGAUGAAGGCCAAUUUUAGGAUAUUUCCAAAAUCCUCUGUGUCAUUUUUUGUGAUCUAGCGCUGUAUUGAUCAGUGAAAUAUUGUAGUUACUCUGUGAUGUUUGGCUUCAUAAGAAUAUCAAAGCACAACCUCAGCAAUAGUCUGCAGUGUGUUUUCUUUCUGACUGAUUAAGCUGCAGUAUACAGAAACAAUCAAGGCUAUUUCUUGAAAA